AAAUGAGUUUGGAGAGGGCCAGCAGCUCCAUGUCACACAGCAAUGACACUGACAUAAAUAGCUCUGGAGGGCAAGGACUUGCAGGGCCUGGCUGCAGAUAUGGGGACUCACGUUGAGGUGGCACUGCUCACCUGGAGCGGCACACUGGAGUCACCUGGGACCAGCCUCCUAGAAGUCCCCAUGCACCCGCCUGUCAGAAAUUCUGAGCUCGGAGAUUUUUCAAAACUCCUAGGUCCAGUGGUUUCUGGCAACAGCGGGCACAUUAGCAUCACCCGGGGAGCCUGCCCUCACCCAGACCAGUUCAUCAGAACCUCUUGGGGUGGGGGGCGGGGCUGGGGUAGGGAGCAGCAGCCAGGUAUGAGUAUUUUUGAAAACUGCCUGAAGAACUCCAAUGCACAAGUAAGUCAAGGACCCCCACGAACUCAACACCGCGACCAGACUGGAAAAGGUGUUGGUCGACAACUUCUGCAUUUGCGAAGGGUGCAGUGUCCCUCGCUGUCUCAUGUAUGAGAUUUACGUGGAGACCUGUGGGCAAAACACUGAGAACCAAGUCAACCCGGCCACCUUUGGGAAGCUUGUGAGAUUGGUUUUUCCUGACCUUGGCACCCGGAGGCUGGGCACUAGAGGAAGUGCCAGGUAUCAUUAUGAUGGGAUCUGUAUCAAGAAAAGCUCUUUCUUCUAUGCCCAGUAUUGCUACCUUAUAGGUGAAAAAAGGUAUCACAGUGGAGAUGCCAUCACCUUUGAAAAAUCUACUAAUUAUAACAGCAUUAUCCAACAGGAAGCAACAUGUGAAGAUCAUUCACCGAUGAAGAGAGACCCGGUUGGAUCCCCUUUGUCUGAAUUCAGGAGAUGUCCAUUUUUGGAGCAAGAGCUAGCAAAGAAAUACUCUUGUAAUGUGAUGGCCUUCCUUGCUGAUGAAUACUGCAACUAUUGUCGAGACAUUUUACGAAACGUGAGGAACCAAGAACUUGAGAGGGUGGAGGACUUGCUUACUUCCUUCUGGAAGUCUCUGCAGCAAGACACAGUCGUGCUGAUGUCAUUGCCUGACGUGUGCCAGCUCUUUAAAUGUUACGACGUCCAGCUGUACAAGGGAAUUGAGGAUGUUCUCCUUCAUGACUUCUUGGAAGAUGUUUCUAUUCAGUACCUGAAAUCUGUGCGGUUAUUUAGUAAGAAACUUAAGCUGUGGCUUCUUAAUGCUCUGGAAGGUUUUCCAGCCCUCUUGCAGAUCUCCAAACUCAAAGACUAUGAGAACGGUGUUGAAAAGUAAGAGGCGUGUCGGCGUUUUGAAGUCAGAUGUGCAGGCCAUCAUCAAUCAAGCCACUUUGGCUACUUCUAAGAAAGCCCUGGCAAGUGACCGGAGUGACGCAGAUGAACUGGAGAACAACCCAGAGAUGAAAUGUUUAAGAAACUUAGUUUCUUUGCUGGGAACAUCAACAGAUCUCAGUGUAUUCCUCAGCUGUCUGUCUUCACAUCUCCAAGCAUUUGUGUUCCAGCCCAGCAGAAGCAAAGAAGAGUUUAUCAAAUUGGCCGCCGGCUUCCAGCUGAGAUGGAACCUUCUUCUCACUGCCGUGAGCAAAGCCAUGACCCUCUGCCACAGAGACAGUUUUGGCUCCUGGCAUCUGUUUCACUUACUGCUUUUGGAAUAUGUGAUUCAUACACUUCAGUCAUGCCUAGAGGAGGAAGAGGAGGAGGAGGACAUGGGGAAUGUCAAGGAGAUGCUACCAGAUGACCCGACUCUUGGCCAGCCAGACCAGGCACUUUUCCACCCUCUGAAUUCCUCAUGGCCCCAGACGUGUGCCUGCCCCAGUGUGGAGUCACUGGGGGUGACGCCGACACACGUGGACCAGGGCCGAUAUCCUGUGGGUGUGAGCAACAUGGUCCUCAGGAUCCUGGGCUUCCUGGUGGACACUGCCACGGGCAAUAAGCUCAUCCAAGUACUGUUGGAAGAUGAAACCACCGAAAGCGCAGUUAAACUCAGCCUUCCUAUGGGACAAGAAGCCCUCAUAACCCUAAAAGAUGGACAACAAUUUGUGAUUCAGAUAUCAGAUGUACCCCAAAGCUCUGAAGACAUUUAUUUCAGAGAAAGCGAUGCUAAUGUGUGAGAUUAUUUAUUUGUAUAGAGAAUAAGAAAACUGAUAGACUUGCAUUCUUAAAAAUAUUAAAUACUAGAGUUUUUCUAUUGACGGAAGACGAUGUUAUGUAUAUAAUAGAUGUAGCAUUGUCUAUUUUAUGUUUAUGUAUUCCUAAGGAGGUGGUUUUGAUACAAUAUAUAAACUGAUUUGGAGAAUAA